AUGAAGACCGUCCUUACCCUCGGUGCUCUUGCGGCCAUUUUCCAGUCUGCUUUUGCUCUCCAAGGAGGAAGUUAUACGAUCGGAUCGGCUGAUCUAGCCAGCAAUCAAGUCCUGAGUGACUUGGGCCAAGCUAAUGACCCUUUGGUUUUCUCCGACAAGAACAACCACCCUUACCAAACUUGGUUCUUCACCGCUAGAGGCAGUCAGCGCGACUUUGUGAUUCAAAACCUUAGUGGCGGCUAUAUCAACUGUGUUGAGCCAGGCUCUCCUUGCGUUUCCGGAGACGAGGAAGAGAUUUACACCGUGGAGCAAGUCACCGAUAACGGCUAUGAGCUCGUUGCAAAGAAGACUGGAUACUUCUUGCGCGCCGACGGCCAAUACCUGCAACUUGCUGAAUACAACAACAAGCCCGAUGAGGAAUUUAUCCUGACUCCGACUCAAUAG